AUAUAAGAGAUUUCUAAAGGGUGAUGAACGAAGCUUAUGAAGAAGAAAAAAAAAGCCCGAAGUUUUUGCGAAGCUAUCAAAAUAAGAAUUUACAUUGAGAAAAAGAGAGAGGAGGAAAAAUUUAAGCUGAUCAGCUUAAUUUACCAAGGUCUAAGACAGUCAAAUCGACUGGAAAUCCAACACCAAAGACGUAUGACAAUGAUGCAUAUGGCUCCUUCUUUAGUAGAUUUAUGUGUUCAAAAGGCAAUAGAUAAUGUUGGAUUUCUUGGAGAUGUUGGUGAAACAGAGUUUCAUCUUCUUCAGCGUAUUUUGCCUCACUGUUCUCUUGAGCAGUUGACGCAUGUAGAGAAUUCAAUACAAGGAAGAGAUCUUAGUCCAGUAACUAAUAAACUCUGGAAGAGAUUUUACAAGAUUCAGUUUGGUGAAAAAAGCACAAAUCAGGUUGUCCAAGACAUGAAGCUAAGGAAUGGAACAUUCAAAUGGAAACAAUUGUACGAGGCAAAGUUAGAGGAACUGGAAGAAACUCAACACAAGUUAUUCAAAAGAAUUGGGCAGUACUUAUAUCUAAAGGAAGAUGGUACUGCAAGAUUGGAAUAUCAGAAGAAUUUUGGGAAAAGAAAUCACAAGAAGAAAACAGAGGUGAAGCUCGGAACUGGACAGUUAUCAGUGUGCUGGCGCCUUUCCUCAUAUCUGCAGCACCAGGAAAUCAACUAAGAAUAGGUGAUGUAGAUAUUGGAGAAGAGGAGAUGGGGAGAGCAAAACUAGUGGCAAAAACGGAGUCAGGUUUUGAAGUUUAUAGGUUUUGUAGUUGCCACCGAACCCGUUGCUCAUUUUAGUUACUAGGUUCACAAUUAAAUAUUUAUAUAUAAUUAAUGGAUUUCGUAAUACAAAUAUAGAGUCUAAACAAAAGCUAAUGAAUUCGUUCGAACCCUUACCUAAUAUUAUAGCUCUGCCCUGACUAGUGGUUGAAGAAAGUUUUAUUCAAAUAACUAUUGGACUGUUGUUAUGAAA